GGAUGCAUCAUCGGGUGUUCGCGUAGCCAGGCUCUGGACCGCCAACAGAGAAAAGAAGCAGCACCGUUAGGCACCAUAAUCUCGUUCUCCUCCCGGACGGUGGCAUCACUUGUCAGGAUUCGGGCCCGGCAGUCUGCGACCGUUCAUGCGCCUCAAGUGCACCGGCGGCCGGUCAGCUGCGUGCUGAAGCCUCCGAGAUGUUCCGAGCUGCCCGCAGCUGCACAAUAACACCGACACCGUCUCCGACCCGGGGGCACAGCGAUGCUUUUCAGACGGAGAGCCAGGAUGUUGCGAGGGCUGGUGUGUGGUCGGAUGGGACCCAUGUGGAUGUGGAAAGCGCUGCUGCUCUUUGUGGUCGUAGCAUUCGCUGGCCAACUGCUGGGAGUCAUCUUCAACAAGAGCAGUGUCAGUCCAGCUCCUCGGUCUGUCUUCUCAUCCCCUGACGCCCUGGGACCCUCUCUGGGCUCCUGUCAGCCCAAAACCCACAUCAUGUUCCUCAAGACACACAAGACUGCCAGCAGCACCGUGCUCAACAUGCUGUAUCGCUUCGGAGAGGAGCAUGACCUCAACUUUGCUCUGCCGCUCGGCUACCAGCUGGGCUACCCACUGCCCUUCAACGCUCACAGGGUCAAAGGCUACCGGGGCGUCAAGGUCGUGGAGUUCAACAUCAUGGCCAAUCACAUGAGAUUCAAUAAGCCAGAGGUGGAGAAGGUGAUGCCUGACGACACGUUCUACUUUUCGAUCAUCAGGGAGCCGGUAGCCAUGGCUGAGUCCUCGUUUGCUUACUAUAAAGAAGUAGCACCAGCCUUUCGGAAAGCUAAGGGCUUGGGGGAUUUUGCAGAUGACCCCAUAAAAUACUACGACCCUCGUCUCCGCAACAACCACUAUGCUCGCAACCUGCUGUGGUUCGACUUUGGCUUGGACCACAAUGCUAACUUCUCUGUGGCCACGGCGCAGCGGGGUGAGACCAUCAUCCGACAGGCCUUUCAGCUGAUUCUGGUGUCCGAGUACUUUGACCAGUCCAUGAUUCUGUUGAGACACGCCCUCUGCUGGCCUCUGGACGCAGUGGUGUCGUUUAGCCUUAACGCUCGGCAGCAGAAGCCCCGCAGCCUUGGUGGAAUGAGCGGCAGCUGGGUGGGCAAAGCAGCAGCAGCAGCUGGUGUCAGUGUGAGAGGUGGACAUGCUCAAGGUAAGAGCCCCCCAGAUCUGUCAUUGACAGAAGAGCAGCGAGAAAAGCUGCGCCAGUGGAAUGCCUUAGACUGGCACUUGUACACAGCCUUUAACCAGACCUUUUGGGAGGAGAUAGACAGGUUUGGCCGAGCCAACAUGGAGCGGGAGGUGGCUCUUCUCAGAGCUCGGCGGUUGGACCUCGCGCAGGUUUGUCUAAGGAACGGUGGGAAGCCUAUUGAAGCCCAUCGUAUUCGAGAUAAAAACAUCAGGCCAUUCCAGAGUGGAUUUGUCAAGAUUCUCGGGUACGAGCUGCAGCCGGGACUGGACAACACCACCAGGACGGCAUGUCUGAGGAUGAUCAGGCCUGAGAUUCAGUACAAAGACGUGCUGGAUGCGAAACAGUUCCCUCGUGCCCAGCCAGUCCAAAACCAGCCACAGAGCCCAGGCCAGCAGAAAGUCCCCAGCGGCGCCUUUUUUAGACCUGACUCAUCCAGGAUGGGCCAGAGGCAGGGAGACGAAGAAGGAAGGACCAUAAAGGAGGAGGAGAGAGACUGGGAUGGAAGUCGCUUAAAGUGGAGCAACCAUACAAAUGUGAGGUUGAGAAAAAAGAAAUUGGAGGCGAUAUGACAUCUCACCACAGAGUCUGGAAACUGAGCUGAAUGGUUUACAAACCAGUACCGAAGCACCUCGUCUGCACUUCCUCAAGACGGCUUGUUUACUUCAAUGUUUCGGCUCCUACGUUUGUGUAAAUCUUGGGUACUUUGACCGUUGGGAUGCUUUUGUAACUACCACAACAAGCUAAAUAAUAGUUGCAGAGGCCAUGUGUCGUUGAGCCCGUCAGUGUCUGCACUUCUUCCUGUUGUGUGUCACAGUAUGCAUCCGUUUUUGAUCAUUCCGAGCUCAUCGCAUUCCCAGAUACCCCGCUUGUGUUGUCAGACUGGCACUUCAUCAUGGCAGUUCUUCCUGGCGGUUUAUUUCAGUUUUAUUACAACAGUAUAUCACAUUUCUUAAAAUGUACGUAAGAUUGUAUGUACUUUGCUUCUAUUUAAUAUGAGAGAUGCCAGCGAGUAAAUCACGGUGAGUGCAGGUUGGAAAAGCAACAAAUGAAUCAAUCAAAAACUUGAUUCUUCUCAGUACAGUGUACAGUAUUUAAUACAAUUCUCGAUUGUGUGUACACAUUUUGAAGGACCAUUUCAAAUGAUCCUUUAGUGAAGUUGAAUGAGUGCAUAAAACCAUUUAUGCACUUAUUCAUGCAACCUUUCACUCAUCUGUGAGCCAACAACUCACCUCUCAAACAGUGCUAUUGUUUGUGACUCCAAUUUCAAAAUUAACGCACCUUUUGGGGACCUCUUAUUAGAUUGUGCUGCAUUUUAUUUUGAAGAUCUGCACCAGGAAAUGUGAUGAUUUGUGUGUACAUGGUUUGGGGUCUUGGUAAGAGUAAGAAAAGUGAGGAAGGCCCUGUCUGGAGGGAGAGCAGGUUGAAUGGAAGCAGGUAAUUCUUCUGCGUUUUGUGUUUGAUUCCAACCAAGUUUCAGACAAAUAAUGUAUUCUUUUAUGAACAUCUGGGACACAACAAUGUCUGUUCACUUUGUAUUCUUCAUGUGUGGCUGCCUGUUUUGCUGUCCAGUCACGACAAGUAACACGAGCAGCUUGUUUAAUAUUUUAAAGAUGGAUGAGGGAGAGACGAUCUGAGGCAUGACCUUGUGCCGAGAGGUUUUUUGUUCCUCCGAGAGAUUCUCUCCCCGCCGCCGAAAUGACAUUGCCAUGAAGAACAGUUCACUCCAAUAUUUUCUUAGUUUUUAUUGACUUGAUUUUAUUCUGUUCUGUAUUCAUGUCCAUGCUGUUGAUGUUCGGUUAGGGGACAGUUUUGCUUUAGACUUUUUAGACGAAAGUGUUAAAGUUCCAUUCACUCACAUGAAACCUAACAGUUUUUUUUAUCACAAGACAAUAAUGCAAGACAGUAAUUGGGGGAAAACAAUAGAAUUCAAGUUAAUUCCAACAGACAUGAGUUCAAAAGAAAAAAAGCAUAACUGCAUGCAUAACCAUGGCUGUUCUGGCAGAUGCCUCCAUCACAGUAUUGAUGUACUUUGAAGUAUUUAAAUAUUGUGUAUGACAGUGAGGAGAUAAUUAUGGUGUCAUAACAAACACACAUACUUAGCUCAGUGUUUGUCUUCCAAACAUUACAUAACAUUCUCCCAGAUAAAAUACAUGUUUAAACAUUAAGGGAAUUGCAGUGACUUCCUGCCUGUUUCUUUGAAAAUGUGUCUAAAUGUAAGUUGCUUGUACGGUGCAAUGGGUGCGGUGUCUGGAGUUAUUACAAACCAAUGGCUGAUCUUGCAUUACGGAUAGAGGCCUGUAGUUGGUUGGCAACUGAACAUGCUUUUAGGAUUUUUGUUUUCCAAUGCAGUAUACAUGUUAGGAAAACAACUAAAUGGUUUACUUAUGUACAAUACACACGUGUUGUUAACUGUUGUCCAGACUACAAUGUUAUCGUGCAAUUAAGUCGAAUGCGGUACUUCAUUAUGUGACAAAGACAAUGCUCGUCUUUGUCUGGUUAUUGUCUACACUGAGUAUAACGCAUUAGGUUGUGCUAGGUUGUACUCAGGAGUUUGGGUUAAAUAUGCUCGUGGGAGAUGCAACCAAGGUUUUAAGUGUAGAAACAGCGGGAGCUCACUCAUUGAUGAUCGUCCAUCACCUUUGCUUCCAUGUCCUCCAACAACACAAAGCCAAGUCACCACUGACUGACCGAUGUGUAUCAUCCAGAAGUGCAGACAGUCACUCAGAAGACAAAUGGAUCUUACUUGAAACUUCCCUGGUCGAAACUUGUAGACAACUGAGCUUUUGGUGUGCAACUGUUUUCAAACAACAGAAUUAAAGCAACUUAUCUUGAA